GAUGGAGAAAUUCUAAAAUGAAGAAAAGUUUGACGUGUUUGGUCGUUAUCUUAGCUUUCUCGCUUAAGAUAUGUGAUGGUUCAGCAGAUUGUGCAGUUGGUUCAAAUGAAAAUAAUUGCCCAGAUUGGCUGCAGUGCAUGGAAAACGAUACAGACUACCCCGGACAAGACUUAUCAAGCGGACCCUCUACUGGAAUAUACGAUUGUUACAAGAAGUGCAAAGAUCAGGCUGGUUGCCAAGCUUUUAUGAUGGUCUAUGACAACACUCAUAUUUCGCACCAACCAGUAAACUAUUGCUGGUUGAAGAGUCAGAAAUAUGGUAACGGAGCAACAUCUUUCAUCGGUCUAAAAGCAGGCAACAUGGAUUGUUUUAUAGAAAUUGAUGGAGGAUUGAGUGCGUUUGGACAAUGGUCAGCGUGCUCAACUUAUUGUGGAGAAGGACAGCAGACCAGGGAAAGAAUCUGUAAUAACCCAGCCCCAGCUAAUGGUGGUGCUGAUUGUGAGGGAAGUUUGACAGAAACGCAAAAUUGCAACUCCGCGGGUCCUUGUCCAGAGGUCGAGAACAUCGCAAGCAAAGGAAUGGCAAAACAGACUGAUACCAUGAAUAACUAUAAUGCUGAAUUAGCUAUUGAUGGCGAUAAUAAUGGCAUCAUGACAGACAAUUCUUUAACCCACACUCUAGCAUCGGGUAGUAACGCCUGGUGGUCGCUGACAUACCCUCGCUCAAUGUAUAUCAAGGAAAUCCAAAUCUUUGGACGAACAGAUUGUUGCGAGGACCGAAUUGAUGGUGCCUCUGUCUUAAUUGAUGGCACGGAAGUAGGAACAUUAAACAGCAAUGAUGGACCCCCUAUGGUUGUGCCGGUUAAUAAACCUGGCUCCGAGAUAAUGAUCAGAAAUAGAGAAGGUGGAGACGUGCAAUCUCUUGCCGAAGUUCUGGUGAUGGGGGCUGAAACAGGAAAAAAUUGGCUGCAGUGCAUGGAAAACGAUACAGACUACCCCGGACAAGACUUAUCAAGCGGACCCUCUACUGGAAUAGACGAUUGUUACAAGAAGUGCAAAGAUCAGGCUGGUUGCCAAGCUUUUAUGAUGGUCUAUGACAACACUCAUAUUUCGCACCAACCAGUAAACUAUUGCUGGUUGAAGAGUCAGAAAUAUGGUAACGGAGCAACAUCUUUCAUCGGUCUAAAAGCAGGCAACAUGGAUUGUUUUUUAGAAAUUGAUGGAGGAUUGAGUGCGUUUGGACAAUGGUCAGCGUGCUCAACUAAUUAUUGUGGAGAAAGAGAACAGACCAGGGAAAGAAUCUGUAAUAACCCAGCCCCAGCUAACGGUGGUGCUAAUUGUGUGGGAAGUUUGACAGAAGCGCAAAAUUGCAACUCCGCGGGUCCUUGUCCAGAGGUCGAGAACAUCGCAAGCAAAGGAAUGGCAAAACAGACUGAUACCAUGAAUAACUAUAAUGCUGAAUUAGCUAUUGAUGGCGAUAAUAAUGGCAUCAUGACAGACAAUUCUUUAACCCACACUCUAGCAUCGGGUAGUAACGCCUGGUGGUCGCUGACAUACCCUCGCUCAAUGUAUAUCAAGGAAAUCCAAAUCUUUGGACGAACAGAUUGUUGCGAGGACCGAAUUGAUGGUGCCUCUGUCUUAAUUGAUGGCACGGAAGUAGGAACAUUAAACAGCAAUGAUGGACCCCCUAUGGUUGUGCCGGUUAAUAAACCUGGCUCCGAGAUAAUGAUCAGAAAUAGAGAAGGUGGAGACGUGCAAUCUCUUGCCGAAGUUCUGGUGAUGGGGGCUGAAACAGGAAAAAAUUGGCUGCAGUGUAUGGACACAGAUACAGACUACCCCGAACAUGACUUAACAAGCGGAACCUCUACUGGAAUAGACGAUUGUUACAAGAAGUGCAAAGAUCAGGCUGGUUGCCAAGCUUUCGUGAUGGUCUAUGACGACAGUGCUUUUUCGGGAACUCUAAAUUAUUGCUGGUUGAAGAGUCAGAAAUAUGGUGCAGGAGCAGAAACCGUUACGGGUCUCAAAGCAGGCAACAUGGAUUGUUUUAAAGAAAUUGAUGGAGGAUUGAGUGCGUUUGGACAAUGGUCAGCGUGCUCAACUAAUUAUUGUGGUGAAAGAGAACAGACCAGGGAAAGAAUCUGUAAUAACCCAGCCCCAGCUAACGGUGGUGCUAAUUGUGUGGGAAGUUUGACAGAAGCGCAAAAUUGCAACUCCGCGGGUCCUUGUCCAGAGGUCGAGAACAUCGCAAGCAAAGGAAUGGCAAACCAGACUGAUACCAUGAAUAACUAUAAUGCUGAAUUAGCUAUUGAUGGCGAUAAUAAUGGCAUCAUGACAGACAAUUCUUUAACCCACACUCUAGCAUUGGGUAGUAACGCCUGGUGGUCGCUGACAUACCCUCGCUCAAUGUAUAUCAAGGAAAUCCAAAUCUUUGGACGAACAGAUUGUUGCGAGGACCGAAUUGAUGGUGCCUCUGUCUUAAUUGAUGGCACGGAAGUAGGAACAUUAAACAGCAAUGAUGGACCCCCUAUGGUUGUGCCGGUUAAUAAAGCUGGCUCCGAGAUAAUGAUCAGAAAUAGAGAAGGUGGAGACGCGCAAUCUCUUGCCGAAGUUCUGGUGAUGGGGGCUGAAACAGGAAAAAAUUGGCUGCAGUGUAUGGACACAGAUACAGACUACCCCGGACAUGACUUAACAAGCGGAACCUCUACUGGAAUAGACGAUUGUUACAAGAAGUGCAAAGAUCAGGCUGGUUGCCAAGCUUUCGUGAUGGUCUAUGACGACAGUGCUUUUUCGGGAACUCUAAAUUAUUGCUGGUUGAAGAGUCAGAAAUAUGGUACAGGAGCACAAACCGUUACGGGUCUCAAAGCAGGCAACAUGGAUUGUUUUAAAGAAAUUGAUGGAGGAUUGAGUGCGUUUGGAGUAUUGUCAGUGUGCUCAACUUAUUGUGGAGAAGGACAACAGACCAGGGAAAGAAGCUGUGAUAACCCAGCCCCAGCUAAUGGUGGUGCUAAUUGUGAGGGAAGUUUGACAGAAGCGCAAAAUUGCAACUCCGGUCCUUGUCCAGAGGUCAAGAACAUCGCAAGCAAAGGAAUGGCAAAACAGACUGAUACCAUGAAUAACUAUAAUGCUGAAUUAGCUAUUGAUGGCGAUAAUAAUGGCAUCAUGACAGACAAUUCUUUAACCCACACUCUAGCAUUGGGUAGUAACGCCUGGUGGUCGCUGACAUACCCUCGCUCAAUGUAUAUCAAGGAAAUCCAAAUCUUUGGACGAACAGAUUGUUGCGAGGACCGAAUUGAUGGUGCCUCUGUCUUAAUUGAUGGCACGGAAGUAGGAACAUUAAACAGCAAUGAUGGACCCCCUAUGGUUGUGCCGGUUAAUAAAGCUGGCUCCGAGAUAAUGAUCAGAAAUAGAGAAGGUGGAGAAGUGCAAUCUCUUGCCGAAGUUCUGGUGAUGGGGGCUGAAACAAGAAAUUAUUGGUUGCAGUGCAUGGACAACGAUACAGACUACCCCGGACAAGACUUAUCAAGCGGAACCUCUACUGGAAUAGACGAUUGUUACAAGAAGUGCAAAGAUCAGGCUGAUUGCCAAGCUUUCGUGAUGGUCUAUGACGACAGUGUUUUUUCGGGAACUCUAAAUUAUUGCUGGUUGAAGAGUCAGAAAUAUGGUGCAGGAGCAUCACCUAAAAAGGGUCUAACAGCAGGCAACAUGGAUUGUCUUAAUCUUAUAGAUUCGUGCACGGCAAUAACGGUAAAUAAAGCUCAGAUAACAGGUGCAACACAGCCAGCCAGUUCAGGACAAACAAUAACUAUCACCUGUAACAAUGGUUACAUUAUAAGUGGAAACAGCGAGUUGACUUGUGACGGGACAGAUUUUGGAACUUUGCCAACAUGUCAGAUCCAACAGUGUGCUACUGUGACAGUAGAACAUGCGCUGAUAACUCCAUCUCAACCGGUUAACUUUGAUAUCACCAUCACUAUCACCUGUAACAAUGGAUACAGUCUGAGUAGUGGGAAUGGUGAGUUGACUUGUGAUGGGACGGAUUUUGGAACUUUGCCAACAUGUCAGAUCCAACAGUGUGCUACUGUGACAGUAGAACAUGCGCUGAUAACUCCAUCUCAACCGGUUAACUUUGAUAUCACCAUCACUAUCACCUGUAACAAUGGAUACAGUCUGAGUAGUGGGAAUGGUGAGUUGACUUGUGACGGGACGGAUUUUGGAACUUUGCCAACAUGUCAGAUCCAACAGUGUGCUACUGUGACAGUAGAACAUGCGCUGAUAACUCCAUCUCAACCGGUUAACUUUGAUAUCACCAUCACUAUCACCUGUAACAAUGGAUACAGUCUGAGUAGUGGGAAUGGUGAGUUGACUUGUGACGGGACGGAUUUUGGAACUUUGCCAACAUGUCAGAUCCAACAGUGUGCUACUGUGACAGUAGAACAUGCGCUGAUAACUCCAUCUCAACCGGUUAACUUUGAUAUCACCAUCACUAUCACCUGUAACAAUGGAUACAGUCUGAGUAGUGGGAAUGGUGAGUUGACUUGUGAUGGGACGGAUUUUGGAACUUUGCCAACAUGUCAGAUCCAACAGUGUGCUACUGUGACAGUAGAACAUGCGCUGAUAACUCCAUCUCAACCGGUUAACUUUGAUAUCACCAUCACUAUCACCUGUAACAAUGGAUACAGUCUGAGUAGUGGGAAUGGUGAGUUGACUUGUGACGGGACGGAUUUUGGAACUUUGCCAACAUGUCAGAUCCAACAGUGUGCUACUGUGACAGUAGAACAUGCGCUGAUAACUCCAUCUCAACCGGUUAACUUUGAUAUCACCAUCACUAUCACCUGUAACAAUGGAUACAGUCUGAGUAGUGGGAAUGGUGAGUUGACUUGUGACGGGACGGAUUUUGGAACUUUGCCAACAUGUCAGAUCCAACAGUGUGCUACUGUGACAGUAGAACAUGCGCUGAUAACUCCAUCUCAACCGGUUAACUUUGAUAUCACCAUCACUAUCACCUGUAACAAUGGAUACAGUCUGAGUAGUGGGAAUGGUGAGUUGACUUGUGAUGGGACGGAUUUUGGAACUUUGCCAACAUGUCAGAUCCAACAGUGUGCUACUGUGACAGUAGAACAUGCGCUGAUAACUCCAUCUCAACCGGUUAACUUUGAUAUCACCAUCACUAUCACCUGUAACAAUGGAUACAGUCUGAGUAGUGGGAAUGGUGAGUUGACUUGUGAUGGGACGGAUUUUGGAACUUUGCCAACAUGUCAGAUCCAACAGUGUGCUACUGUGACAGUAGAACAUGCGCUGAUAACUCCAUCUCAACCGGUUAACUUUGAUAUCACCAUCACUAUCACCUGUAACAAUGGAUACAGUCUGAGUAGUGGGAAUGGUGAGUUGACUUGUGACGGGACGGAUUUUGGAACUUUGCCAACAUGUCAGAUCCAACAGUGUUCCCCUAUCACUGUGGAUAACGGAGCGAUAACCCCAAGCCAGCCGGUUAAUCACGGGGUUACAAUCACAGUUACUUGCAACAACGGCAACGUGAUAAACGGGGAUUCCGAGCUGAUUUGCCAAGGUGGCAUAUUUAACGUGGAUACCCCGACCUGUACGUGUCCAGGAGGGAGCUACUACACGGAGGAGGGGUGUAAAACUUGUCCCACUUCCCACUGGAUGGCCGGAGGGGACAAUGCUGACAGCGGGACCAAAGGUUGUAAUACGUGUCCAGGUGUAAAGACGUCUAGCGAAGGAUCCACCAGUGAGUCAGACUGUCACUACAACACCUGCUCUUGUAAGAUGAUAGAGACAGGGAGUGUGGGAGCUGGUAAAUUCAAAACAUCUUGCGCUUGUUCGUAGGAAUGUGACACUUCGUAGGAAUUGCUUCCAUCAGUGAUUACUUUGUAUCACGUCGUGACCCCCACGGUCGUUUUCACUAUGGUAGAGUUUCUACGAUACAGGGGGAGCCGCGCACUCGUGCACGGCGGGUCAUACAACGUAUGACAAUGAUGACUCUGUAGAAUUAGAUGAUGAAACAGACUUUCAUGACAGUUGAACGUUCAAUUUUAGUGCUUUUUAUGGCUCUUACUAAUUCGCUCGCCCAAAAAUUUCACGUGACUUUGGUUUUUAUGAUUUUGCAGCCGUACAAAAACGAUUUUACAUAAACCCUAAUCCAAACCCUAACCCUAGCGUAACCAUAACCCCGAAGCUAACCAUAACCCUUACCACAACCCUAACCCCAACCCGAGCCCUAAACAAUCGAAUUCGUGUUUUACUAGCCUGUCACGUGACCAAAACGGUUUUUUGCCCAUAACUUUCCGUGGAAGCAUUUUUACCCUACGUCAUAGGGGUGAUUCGGAAUCAGCGUCUAAAAUACACCGAUUCAGAUGAAUUUCACACCCUAAGGAAUUCCUUUCACAAGAAUUUUCUUAAAAUUUGGGCGAGCGAUUUAGUUGGAGCGGCUUUUUAUUUCAAGUUGAUUUUCAAUAAAUUAUCAAUAAAACGUCAAAAUGUUGUCAUUGCUAAUCCAUGUUUGAUAAGAAAGUAAAAAUAAAUCUCUAAACAUGCUGAGGAUCCUGUGAGCUACAAUCCAUGAUCCAAGGCAUUUUAAAUGUAAUUAUUAUUUUUACGACCCUAAUUAUAAUAUCCAGGACUCACUAGGGGGCCCCUUUUGUGUUGAAAAAUUCUUUAGUUUCUUUUGGUAUUUUAAAAUUGAAAUUUUACUUGGUUGGUGGCUGUUGUACGUUAUUUUAGUUAUUAUUUAUAUCAUAAUCAUAUCAUCUUUAUAGCCAUUUUCCUUACCAUGUUCACAUUUCAAAGUCAUGUAUAAUUUUAGUCAAUAUUUUUCUAGCACGCAUUAACAAGCCACUUUCAGCAUCUGUUCACCUCACAAGCAUAAUCCAUUGUUACCUAGGAGAUUGCACUGCACUUUUAUUUAGGCCUCUCACGUGCCACAUCACAACUGCAAAACAUCCAAUCAUUUAAUAAGCUUCAUACCUCAUGUUGUAAAUUAUUUGUCACGUGCCUUAACAUUUAUAUAGGAAAGUUAAGAAUUAUCUGGCAGUUCUCUUUUAUCCUUCCCCUAGUAUAUAUGAGUUAUCAAGUUUACUAUAUUCCUUCCUCAUACAUACUCCAUUUCUUUUA